AUAAACGACGAUGACAGCAGACGACAGUUUACCAUUACUUAACAUACAUUGUAUCGCUGCUAAGACUCAUUACAAAAUUUCUUUAUUAAAUUGCAUAUUAUUUUGUUACCGCAUUAACGCGACGAAUGGAGCGAUCGUAAUUACAUACAAUCGAAAAAUAUUUUCGAUUUGAAGCGACGAAUUCUUCGUGAAAGUGUUGAGUAUUCGCGAAAAAAUCAUACAACAUGGAAGUAUUGGAUCCUAGUGUCUCAAGAGACGACCAGCCUUUGUGCGUCAAUGAUUUUUUGGAAAAAGUUACUAUACCAGAUAUACCUCCUGAUACAAAAUCAUGCAUAAAAGCAAGGCAUACAUUAGGCUUUUUAGGAUUUCUAGGGUUUGCACUAGUGUAUGCUAUGAGAGUAAAUUUAUCUGUGGCUAUUGUUUCAAUGGUUAAUCAAACAGCAGUACCACAUAAUGAUGAUAAUAAUACCACAGAUGUUUGUCCUAAGGAAAAACCAAUUAAUGGAACAUUCAUACCAAGUGCAGGAGAAUUUGAUUGGGAUGAGAAGACACAAGGUGUUAUAUUGGGAGCUUUUUUCAUCGGUUAUGUUGCUACAAAUGUCCCAGGUGGAAGAAUGGCAGAGAAAUUUGGUGGAAAGCUAAUAUAUGGAUUGGGAGUAUUUUUAACUGCUGUACUGACUGUAAUUACUCCUUUUGCAGCAUAUAUAGGAUUGAUACCAUUCUUAGCUGUACGAGUAGCAGAAGGAUUUACAGAGGGUGUUACAUUCCCUGCAAUGCAUAGCAUGUUAGCGCAUUGGGUACCCCCUUUAGAAAGAAGCAAAUUUGCUGCUAUAGUAUAUGCAGGUGCAAAUUUUGGAACUGUAAUAUCAUUACCAGUAAGUGGGUGGCUCUGUUCAUUAGAACUUUGGGGUGGAUGGCCCCUUGCAUUUUAUUUAUUUGGAGGGCUUGGUAUUGUGUGGUAUGCAUUUUGGACAAUUUUUAUAUUUGAUACACCUGCACAACAUAAAAAGAUUGAUCCUCUUGAAAGAGCAUACAUUGAAGCUAGUGUGGAAAAGAAGGAUGAGGAUAAUGAUUCAGGAGUUCCUUGGUUAUCAGUAUUUACAUCAUUACCCAUGUGGGCUAUAGCUAUCACUCAGUGUGGACAGUCAUGGUCAUUUUAUACGCUUUUAACAGAAUUACCAACGUAUAUGGAUAAAAUUUUGCAUUUUGAUGUACAACAGGACGCAUUCCUUUCAGCACUGCCUUAUUUAAGUUCUUGGUUAGUCGGACUCGGUAUUUCAAGUUUCGCAGAUGCCCUCCUUGCCCGUCAGCUUAUAUCUCCUUUAGCAUCGUUCAAGUUAUGGAAUACAGUGGCUUCAUUAGGACCCAGUCUCAGUUUCAUUGGCGCUAUCUGGGCUGGAUGUGAUCGUAUGAUGGUUAUGAUGAUGCUCGCUGGAUUAGGAUCUCUACAAGGUGCAAUUUAUGCAGGGAAUCAAAUGAAUCAUAUUGCUCUAGCACCACGAUAUGCGGGAACUCUUUAUGGACUUACAAAUGCUGCGGCAAAUGGUUGCGGAUUUUUAGCCCCAUAUUUUAUUGGAAAUAUAGUCCAAGGACAUGAAACACUGGCUCGUUGGCAUACAGUAUUCUGGUUAGCAGCAGGAAUAAAUAUGGCGACAAAUUGUUUUUACUUAAUUUUUGCAUCUGCCUCGGAACAACCAUGGAGUAAAGGUAGCAGUUGAUGACAAAAUUUAGUUAGACACGAAGUAUUUCAUAUGGAUAAUAAUUUACCAUUAGAUCGAAUCGCGCUCAGUUCGUUUUAAUUAUUGUAUUGACCGUUUCCGUCAUUUAGGCACAAAUCUGCGAUAUUUCUUUCUGCAAUAUUAAGUUUGAUAUAUUUCGCAUUGAAUGAAGUAUCUCAAACCUGAAUAAUUUAUUAUAUUGUGUUGGUAAAAUGAUACAGAAGUUAAAAGUAAAGUUUGUUUGGAUCAGUAUUAUUAUGUUAAUGAAGUUUAGGUACUAAAUCUAUAAUUUACGUAUCAUUCCAAUGAAGCUAUACACAUGACAAUAUGACUUUUUAAAAUUUUGUUUGACUUUUUAAUUUAACUGAAAUGAAUAUGAUUUAAAAAAAUAUUGACUUUAUUUUAUUUUACUUUAAUCUCACUACGAAGAAGAGUAAAUUAUUACAGAUAUUUUUUCUAUUUAUAAAAUAAGAAGUAUCAAAAAAUGUCUAGAGUCUAUAUUCUUGUUUAUAUGUAAGAGUUUUGUAUAUACAUAAAAAUAAUGUAAAAGUGAUUGGUAUAGUGCAGGAUGCAACAAUUUUUAAAUGAACAAGUGAAUCUUUCUUUUGUAACUAAAUAUGUAUGUUUCAUACCGAAUGUAGUUUAUCUUUAUAUCUCCUGUGGCAAUAGCCAAUACGAUAAUAUAUAAAUUUAUAAAUUUGUUUAUAAAAAAUAUAAAAAUUUCAACAAAAAUAAUAUAUGAUAUAGUUAUAGUAAGAUUUUACUAACUAUAAGUUGGAAAGCAAAAAACUUUAUAAAGCUAACUCCUACAAACAGACUUUAAUAAAAUCAUUAUCUUUUCCAAAAAAUAAUAA